AUCAUGGCUGGUAAAUGACAAAAACUGUGACCACAGGCCGCUAAAUGAAGGCCGUACGCUCCAGUUCUCAUGUCACGCUGCCGUCCAUUUUGCUGACUUAUGCAUUUCCAUGGUCAGACCACAUCCUUUGAGCUUAACACAUAAAGGCAAGUGUGUGCAUCGAGGUGGGUUUCAGUGCAUUCACCGUCACAUCAAAGAGGGAGAUACGAAGAAAUGCUCCGCCUGAUGGAUUUCACUGUUUGUAUCUCUUGUGCGGUCCUCCUCAUUGUCCAGUCAAGUCAGGGCUCUGAGAUUAUUGAUGGGAAAGAAGUGCAGCCCCACUCACUGCCUUACAUGGCUCUGCUGCAGAACAAAGCACCGGCCUGUGGAGGGAUACUGAUCAAUCCCAGCUGGGUCCUGACUGCUGCCCACUGCGCUGACAUAAAGACCGUGGUACUGGGGUUGCACUCCAUCAAAGACAGUAAGAAAGAUUCCAGGCAGGUCCUAGAGGUGAAGAGCCAGAUCCAACAUCCCUGCUAUGAUGAAAAAGAUAAGGUCAAUGACCUCAUGUUGCUCAAGCUUGGCAAACCAGCGAAGCAAACCAAGACGGUGAAAUGUCUCAAGUUGGGCAACACCGUCAAAGAGCCAGCGGCUGGCACCCAGUGUCUGGUGGCUGGUUGGGGGAAAACAAACAACAAGGGGAGAGGGAUGUCAGAUGUCCUGAUGUCUGCCAACGUGACUGUGAUCGACAGAGCGAAGUGCAACUCUGCCGAAUAUUACAACCUCAAUCCUUAUAUCACCAGGAGCAUGAUAUGUGCUGGCUCAAAUGGUAAAAACAGGGCUGACACCUGUCAGGGCGAUUCCGGAGGGCCACUGGUGUGCAAAGGAGCUCUAGUUGGAGUCACUUCUUUUGGACGGGGGUGUGGCGUGAUGAAAAAGCCUGGAGUGUACUCUUUUCUCUCAGAAAAACAACUCACAUGGAUCAAAAAGACCAUGAAGAACCCGAAAAUAUAACGAGCCUGCAUUACUCAGUGUUCUCGACCAAGUUAACCACUUUAACCACGCCUGUCUUUGUACCUCUUUAUGCUGCAUUCGCUUGAUCCUAAUUAGAUAUGCUGUACUGCUACAACAAAGUUGGGAGAGUUUUAGCCUUUCCAACCAAUUAGAAGAGCAAACGUAUAAGAAAUGGAAGCUGCAGCCAUUUGCAUUUGCGUGUUAUUACCUACAGCAAUAAAAGCAAAAACCCCAUCAGCAUCAUUUUUGUGCUUUUAUUUUCCUGCUUAAUGCAAAUAUGUGGCUGUGUUUUUAAAAUGAAAUCACAGUUUCUGUUUUCCACCUACCUCCUGAUAAGCGCAGCGCACACCGGGGGAACAAGCCCUUCCGGUUCUUGUUGAUGCCUCUGCUCCAAUAAACCAGAGCAAAGGUGAUUUUUUUUUGUGAGCUGCAUCCUAAAGAAAUAUCUAUUUGAAGAUGAAAGCAAAACACCACAGUGGCAUCAUUCCUCCAGUCAACCAAGCAGAUUCACCACUUCCUGCAUGGUUAAAUCUGCCUCCCUCAUCCCAGAUCACCUCUGCGUGAAAAUGACAUUUUCCACAGUCUUAAAUACUUGUACUUUGUCUCCCACAAUGUAUGCUCUUUACAGCAGCUCCUCACAGGUUUGUGCUUUGCUUCUCAAAUUAAAAAAACCUUUGAUGUCU